AUGAAUGUGCUUCCGGUGCUGUUGCUGUUGCUGAUGCAGCUCACAGCGCAAAAAGUGUUUGCCGAUGGAAAUGCGACUGCUGCAAACGGAAAUUCGACUGUCCCCAAAGUCACAACAGCAACAAACACAAACACAACAGUGCUUAGUGCUUUGCCACAAGUGGCCGACAACGGCAACAACAGCAAGGAUAAUGCAACGGUGGUGUUGACGCGCAAGGUGAGCAAAACGGAUACGGCCACAUCAGCAAAUCCAACAGCAAAUAGUAGCAGCACAACAACAACGACCACAACAACAGCAACACCACUGAAGGUGGCAACAACUGCGAUAACAGGCAAUAAAAACAAGGCAGAUAAACCGCUGGCCGAAGGCGUCUCGCAGAGCGACAUCGCCAGCAGCGGCAGCAGCAGCAGCAGCAACAAGACGACAGCGGCGGCUCCAAGCAACAACAACAGCAGUACAACAACAACAACUAGCAGUUCAUCAUCAACAACCACAACAACAACGACGACAACCACAACAACAACACCAACUACAACCACAAAGCGACCCUCUAAGCCCACGAUUACCAUCAGUAUGUAUGUGCCCAUUACCGGCGAAAAGGAUCAACAGCUGUCUUCAGCAGCGGCAGCAGGAGCAGCAACAACAGCAGGAGCAGCAGCAACCAGCGGUGCAGUCGAUGCUUCCAUUAUCAAAUCGGAUCCCAUAACGCAGCCAGUGCAGGAGAUGGUCAGCAGUUUGCCGAAUCGCAGUGAGAACGAAUACAUUGUGCCCAUGGUGACGGUGAUGCUGACGGUGCCCUUGGCCAUUGUGGUCUUCAUCAUUGGCUAUCGACGUUUCCGCGACUUGUGGCAUACGCGUCAUUACAGACGCAUGGAUUUCCUCGUCGAUGGCAUGUACAACGAUUGACGAAGGCGCCUCCAACAGCAGCAGCAAUGCAAUGGUGGGGCAAGUGGAGCAGUUGGUGCCACGGGCGGUGGCGCUGCUUUGCGGCUGCCUUAGCGGAAGAGACGUUGAUAGAAAAGAGCGGCAAUCAAUUGGAAAGAUUAUUAGUUAUUUAAGUUUUUAUUUUUCUUUUUUACUAAACAUUAUUAUUGUUUUGUAUUUCGCAUAAAAUGCAAAUAGAACGAGUGCGGAGACAGGGAGCGAGCAAGAAAGAAAGAAAGAGAGAGAGAGAUAGCGAGACGCAGCACGUUGGUGUGAACGGUGCAGCGGCAGAGGGCCGAAGCUAAAUAUACACAUUGCUCAGUCAAUUAAAAACAUUGAGAAAAAAUACACUAGACGAUGGAUAUUAUGUAUGUGUAAACACACACACACAGUCAACACACACACACACAUUAGCUUUAAACGCAAGUAAUUGCCACAUUCAGAUAUAUAUAUACAUCGAGAUAUGUAUGUUUGUAUACAUUUAAUUCACCGCGGCCAAAUUGAAUUUUUGAUAAGAUGCAAAUGAAGCGCAAAACACUGAAAAAUUUCAACUGAUUUUGAUGAGAAUAUAUUUCAAGCAUUUCAUUUAAUGGAUUCGAAUUUUAUAAUCAUUUUGUUACGAUUUAUAUACACACAUAAAAAAAAAAAAAAAAGCAAAAAAAAACUACACAUACACAAGGUAUAAAAAAACACCUUGAAAUCGCUGCGACCAAAUUGUAGAAACUAUUCAAACACUCAAAGCGCAAUUAGCAAUCAAUGGAAUCAUGAAAUUACUACUUAUAUACAAUACGACUACUAUAUACACUAUUCUAUAACCAUAAUGUGCCUUACCAUUUCACAGCGCUCAAUAAUAGAGCUGCAACGAACACACAUGAAACAUAAUAUAUAUACAUAUAUAUCUACAUAUAUCCUCAUACAUCAUGUAUCUGUAGUAUCUUUAUCUAUAUUUGUAACUGUAGCACGUAGCUCUCAAAACAAUAUAUCUUGGCCAAGCAUUUGAUCUAUGCCCCAUUAAACAGGAACAUAAAACUCGAGACAAAAAAAAAAAAAAAAAACAGAAAGAAAGAAA